AUGAAUACGCUGUGGGAGGAUCCUCACCCCGGCGAGAAAUUGGAGAUUCCACUCGGGAUGUCUGCUGGAUUAUACACUUAUCCGCAGACCGUCAGUGGAGAUGUCACGGGUGGCGUGGCCGUGAAAGCGCGUAGCGCAUAUCAAAAUGAUGGGUCAUGUACGGUUGGGCGCAACGUUCGGUGCCGUCAACGCAGCACCAAGCCCAAACCGUUGAAGAUUCCUGCGAGGGUCGUUGAAGAGCCAGAGGCGAAAGGCGGACCAGUAAUUAUGCCUCAGCCGCGCGGGUUUGUGAAACGACCACUUCACCUUCUACGUUCCCCCGAAUCCUUUCAUAGCUUUAAUUAUGAAACGGAUACCGAGACGGAGGUCAGUGCUGAGACUGGAACGAUGGUUAGUGAUUCGGAAACCGACCGAGCCGAAGUCACUAUCGGCCAGACCUCCCUCAGCGACUUCUCAAAUUGUCUAGGCAUAUCGCAAGGGGAGGACGGCUCGGCACUCACCGUUGUCGACUCUGACGCCUAUACGCGAGCCAGCACUGUUGACGACACGUACGGCUGGGAAGCAGAACUUGAGCGCAAGAUGAAGUGCAGAGUUAGCACGGAUUCUGUGUGUCCUUAUCGUCAUCAUAAUCAAUAUCGGAAUUCUGAUGGCGGUAUGCGAAACCUCUUCCAGCGUGUCUUUUCUGUAUCCGGAAGGAGAGUCAAUUCCGGUUUUUAGAACUACGUUAUACCACUAAGUUGGUGUUAUUGAAUCACGUGAGACGGAUUAAUGAGUUGAUCUACUUUGUCGUUUCGAGCAGGGCGAUUUACAAAAUUUUCUUACCAUGUUCAUCAUUGGCGGUUUGAAAUGCAUCUGGUUUUAUCAUUUUCGGCGU